AUGGAUUCCUUCUUGGACGAUUCUUUCAACGAGGACGAAGUCUCCGACUUCGUACCCGAUGAGGCUCCAAAGUCAAAGGCGAAGGCAAAACCAGCUGCGACCAAAGCCAAGAAAUUAACACAAACAACCCUCAAGACAAAACCUGCAGCAAAGGCCACGAAGAAGGCAAAGGCCGACUCCGAGAACGAAGCAUCGAAUCACGAUGAUAUCGACGAUUUCCUAGACUCAGUCAUGUCCACGACGCCUCCAAGCAAACCAAAAGCAAAGAAAGCCCCUGCUAAAAAGGCUGGCUCCAAGCCGUUAGCAGAUGUGGCUAAUGAGUCCUUUGGAGGCGAUGGCGCCGAUGACUUGGUGGCAUCUGAGGCUCCUACACAAACAGGCGCUGGUGACAAGUACCAGAAGCUCACGCAAUACGAACACAUCAUCAAACGUCCGGAUACAUAUAUUGGUUCCAUUGAAAAAACUACUCAGCAGAUGUGGGUUUACGAUUCCGCAACCGAGUCGAUGGCCUUCCGAGAGGUCACUUUCGUCCCCGGUCUGUACAAAAUAUUCGAUGAAAUUGUCGUGAACGCCGCGGAUAACAAGCAAAAUGAUGAGAAAAUGGACGAGAUUCGAAUCACCAUUGAUCGGGAAUCUGGUGUAAUCAGUGUCUGGAAUAACGGACGUGGUAUCCCCAUAGAGAUCCACUCGAAAGAGAAGAUCUAUGUUCCUGAGCUCAUUUUCGGCCACCUUCUGACCUCAUCGAACUACGACGACGGACAAAUGAAGGUGACGGGUGGCCGUAAUGGUUUCGGUGCGAAGCUAUGUAACGUCUUCUCUACAGAAUUCAGCAUUGAAACCUGUGAUUCUCGUCAGGGCAAGAAAUAUCACCAAACAUGGACGGACAAUAUGAGCAAGGUAGGCAAAGCUAAGAUUACGUCAUCCAAAAGCGACGAUUACACCAAAGUUACCUUCAAGCCUGAUUAUCAGAAAUUCGGCAUGGAUGGCAUGGACGAUGAUUUCGAGGCCCUGGUGAAGCGUCGUGUCUAUGACUUGGCUGGAACUGCUAAAGUUGCAGUCAAGCUGAACGGCAGUCGAAUCCCGGUCCGCAACUUCAAGAAAUACAUGGAAAUGUACACAAAGGCCAUCAAAAAGGAACGUGGUGAAGAGGCGGUAAAUGACAAGAGCGAAAUAGUCACCGCUAGUCCUGAUCCUCGAUGGGAAGUUGGAUUCGCCGUAUCCGAUGGAUCAUUCCAGCAAGUAUCAUUCGUCAACUCUAUUGCGACUACCUCUGGUGGUAGCCAUGUGAACUACAUCGCCGAUCAAAUCUGUAAUCGACUUGCAGAGGCUGUGAAAAAGAAGAACAAGCAAGGUGCUACCCUGAAAGCGUCGCAGAUUCGCAACCAUAUCUUUAUUUUCGUAAACGCUCUUAUCGUGAAUCCUGCAUUCACAUCACAGACCAAGGAACAAUUGACCACUAAACCCAGUCAGUUUGGCAGCAAAUGUAUCUUGGACGAUGAUUUCUACAAGAAAGUCUUGAAGACAGAGGUGAUGACAAAUAUCCUUCAUUUCGCCGAGAAGAAAGCAGACCAACUAUUGAAAAAGACUGAUGGAGGACGACGAUCGCGUAUGAAUAACCCUAAACUUACUGAUGCCAACAAAGCUGGUACAAAAGAUGGCCAUCACUGCACGCUGAUUUUGACCGAAGGUGACUCGGCCAAGGGUCUAGCAAUGGCUGGUCGUGCUGUCGUCGGUCCCGACUUGUUCGGUGUUUUCCCUCUUCGUGGAAAGCUUCUCAAUGUUCGUGACGCAUCAGUCGACCAGAUUUCCAAGAACGCGGAAAUUCAAAACAUCAAGAGUUUCAUUGGCUUGCAGCACAAGAAAGAAUAUACCGACACGCGCGGUCUACGUUACGGUCAUCUCAUGAUCAUGACUGAUCAGGAUCACGAUGGAAGUCACAUCAAGGGUUUGUUGAUCAACUUUCUUCAAGUGCAAUUCCCUAGCUUGCUCAAGAUUCCGGAGUUUUUGAUCGAGUUCAUCACUCCCAUCAUCAAGGUGUGGAAAGGUGAUCCUAAGAAUCCUACCAAGUCAAAGUCCUUCUUCACCAUGCCCGAAUAUGAACAAUGGAAAGAAGAAAACAAGAACGACCUUUCCUGGCAACACAAAUACUACAAGGGUUUGGGUACAAGUACUACAGAGGAUGCCCAGAUUUAUUUCCGAGAUCUGGAUCGCCAUUUGAAGGAGUUCCAUACUAUGCAAGACCACGAAGCUCAACUUAUUGACUUGGCUUUCUCCAAGAAGAAGGCAGAUGAGCGAAAGGAAUGGCUUCGCCAGUACAAGCCAGGGACGUUCCUGGAUCAUUCUACUAAGCAGAUCACAUACACAGAUUUCAUCAACAAAGAGUUAAUUCUGUUCAGUAUGGCCGACAAUCAGCGAUCUAUUCCUUCGGUUGUCGACGGUCUGAAGCCUGGUCAGCGCAAAGUCUUGUACACUUGCUUCAAACGAAAUCUCAAAAAGGAUAUGAAAGUCGUGGAGUUGGCAGGUCACGUCUCUGGUAUGACCGCUUAUCAACACGGUGAGACAUCUUUGCAGCAGACGAUUGUUGGUCUGGCUCAGACAUUCGUCGGCUCUAACAACUUGAAUUGCUUGGAGCCAAGUGGUAACUUUGGUAGUCGUCUUCAGGGUGGUGCCGAUUGUGCCAGUGCUCGUUACAUCUACACUCGUUUGUCUCCAUUUGCUCGACGUGUCUUCAACCAGCAGGAUGAGCCGCUUCUCACCUACAAUGAAGAUGACGGAGAAAAGAUUGAGCCGGAGCUUUACGUUCCCGUAGUUCCUUUGAUCCUGAUCAAUGGUGCCGACGGUAUUGGAACUGGAUGGAGUUCAUCUAUUCCUAACUACAACCCCGAGGAUAUUGUUGCCAAUCUCAAGCGUAUGAUGGACGGAGAAGAGCCCGAACCUAUGCAGCCUUGGUUCCGCGGUUUCAACGGUGAAGUCACACCCCAGGGCCCUGAUCGAUACAAGUUCAGUGGUCGGAUCCACGAACUGAACGAUAAGGAGGUUGAAAUUACUGAGCUUCCCAUUCGUACUUGGACCCAGGACUUCAAAGAUAAAUUGGAGGAUAUCAUCAAAGCAGAAAAGACACCGUCAUUCAUCAAGGAUUACAAAGAUUACAACACCCACACCAAAGUUCAUUUCGUAAUCCAGAUGGAUGAGAAGCACUUGAAAGCUGCGGUAGAAGAAGGCCUGGAAGAGAAAUUCAAGCUUUCCAGAACUAUUGCAACAACAAACUUGGUGGCCUUUGAUCCCGAAGGUCGCAUCACCAAGUAUGCAACAGUAGGUGAUAUCUUGAAAGAAUUUUUCGCUGUCCGCCUUAAAUACUACGAGAGACGCAAGCAGCACCAGCUUUCGGAACUACAGAAACAAUUGGACAAAUUUACCAACCAAGCACGCUUCAUUCAAAUGAUUAUCGAUGGAAAGCUUGUCGUUUCUAAGAAGAAGAAGGCAACCCUCAUUACCGAGUUGAAGGAGAAAGGGUUCAAGCCUUUCCCCAAAGUCGCUGAAGCUGUUAAAGCCGGCGAGACUGAACAAGUUGUUGAAGAGGAAGAAAGCUCAGAAGAGGCAAACACUGAGAUGGCUUCAAAUGCUUACGAUUAUUUGCUUGGGAUGGCUAUCUGGUCUUUGACCCAAGAGCGUGUUGAGAAGCUUCUCCGCCAGAUUGGAGACAAGGAAGUUGAAAUCGAUGAACUUAUUAAGCUCAGCAAGGAAGAGAUCUGGCGUCGCGAUCUCGAUGACUUCAUCAACGAAUGGCGCUUCCAACUUGAAGAAGAGCAUCGCCGUGAACGAAAGGUCGCAAGCUUGGGUCGGCGCCAAUCAUCUAAACUCAUGACUGCAGCUUCCAAGGGUCCAGGCAGGAAACGGAAGAAUGACGAUGAUGAUGACGACUACGCUGCUCCAAAGAGCAAGAAGGCCGCGACAAACAAGAAGGCCGUGGCAAAGGGUGGCCUGUUGAGCUACCUUAAGAGUUCUCCUAAGCCUAAAAAGAUCGCUCAGGAGGAUGGUGCUGACGAUGACAUGGAUUUGGACGAUGACUUUGAAGCGGAGGUUUUACCUAAGAAGAGCCGUGCAGCUGCGAAGCCCAAAGCCGUCCCGAAGGAGGAGGAGGAGAAAGAAGACGACGACGAUUUCGAAGCCGAAGUCCUUCCCAAAAAGAGUCGCGCGUCCUCAAAGCCUCCAGCAGCCCCUUCAGCGGCCCCAAAAGAAGAGGAACCAAAGGACGAGGACGAAGAUUUAGUUGAGGUCACGGCUUUAUCCAAAGCUGCUUCAAAGCCCGCUGCAAAGAAGGCAUCAACAAAGGAGCCGAAGGCGCAAAAGAGUCGUACCACAACCAAGAAGCCAGUCAGCUACGUUGUGUCGAGCGAGUCAGAAAGCGAGUUUGGGGAUGAUUUGUUGGAUGACGUAAGCAAGAUGGUGAAAGGAAUUGGUGACUCCAAUGGAAAAGCUCUUAUCUCGGAGUUUACUAAGCCCGGACCUAGUGGUGCAGGCUUGAAGAAAUCUACUCCUAGGCUUUCUAAGAUCAGCAGUACAUUCGAUCCUGACGAGACGGAUUACAGCAAGCUUGUUCCACAGCAGUCCCCUCGUCGCUCGCUUCUUGUUAAACAAAAAGAGAAGACUAUAACAGAUGACGAUGCUGAUGAGUCUCCCAAACCAGCCGCAAAAGCUAAGCCCGCAGCUAAAGCCAAGCCAGCGGCAAGCACUACUGCGCCAAAGUCUCGCGGACGGCCGAAGAAAGAUGCUACCGCUGCCCCAGCUGCCCCAGCUGCUAAGAAGGCUCAGCCCGCUGCCAAGGGAAGGGGCAAAAAGAAGGUGGUGGACGAUCUCUCUGAUGAUGACAUCGACGCUAUGGCAAAUGAUAUUCUUGAUUCUGACGAUGGAGUUGAUCUGAACGACGAACCUGUCAAGGCACGCCCAUCACGCCGAGCUGCUACUACUAAAGCUAAAAAGUACGUGAUCGACGAUGACAGUGACAUGGAUGACCCUGCCGGCGAGGAUUCUGCGGAUGCCUUUGAUGAUGAUUCUGAGUGA